AUGACUAAUCCCGUACUCAAGGCGGAACUCGCGCUCCGAAGUUUUUACAUUUUUAACACUGCGUUUGGCCCGAAGGAAGGCGAGGAGGAAAAGAAAGUGCUGUUCUACCAUCCGCAGGACACGGAUAUCGACAGCAAAAUCAAGGACGUCGGACUAAGCGAAGCCAUAAUAAAGUUCAGCAACACAUUCACUAACGAUGAUAGUGUGCAGACAUUGCAUACGCAGAAAAGCUGCCAAUUCUACUACCAACCCGAGCCCGGUUACUGGAUGAUCAUGACGCUGAGCGUUCCGUUCGAGCGAAAAACGCGUGAAUCGGGCGACUACAAUGAGUACCAUGGAGACGCGAUACAUGACACCAUCUUCCAGGCGGUGUUGCGACAGUCGUAUCGAAUGUUUCGCAUGUUCCACGGCACCUAUGGGGAGAACCGGCGACCGAACGAUGACCUCGAUGCGCAGGCGAACCUUAUCGGCAAACUGGAAUCUUUCUACCAAAGCUACAUACUUCACCUGCAGAUGAAAAAGUGCGAUGUCGUGGAUGCAUUCGGGAGCGUCCAGUAUUUGCCCCUCAAUCAGCUACUGUUUCUGAGGGUACAGAACUUUGUCAACAUGAUCGAGGCCACGUUCGAGCCCAUCAAGCACUGCAUUUUCCUGUACAGCGAUCAGGUUGUGUGGAGCGGCAUUAACCCGACCGACCUGUACACCAUGUAUGAGUACUUCCACAGCCCGAUGUUCGAUUUGAACGCCAGCCCUGACCAGGCACGCACGGUGUACGUUAGCGAAAAGGGCAAAACCAAGCGCUACACGCUGAUGGUGUGCCGGAAGGUGCAAAACAUUACACUCUGUCUGCUGCUCGAUUCGGCCGAAAAUGAACAGUCGCUGUACCAUGAGCUGAAUGCCGUCGUAAACCCGCAGCUAACGAGCAUUUCGUCCGACAUCGGAGCACACCUGCAGAGCGCCGGCGAAUCGAGCCACGGUUUCAGCUGCUCCGGCAGCAACAAAGAGGACCCGGCCAGCGCACCAAAGUUUAUCUACUUCAACGAGCUGAACCUACAGCACCGGGGAACGGUACCGUUAGGGCCGGCCCAGUAUCAGACGGUGGCCGGCACCAGUUUACCGAAUGACGUGAUGAACCUGAUCGUCGAUCUGCUGGACGAUGUGCGGGGGAACGCGACGAACGUGGCAGACGAAACGAUCGUCAAAACGCACGACGAUUACUGGAUCGUGAAGCGGAGUGUUUCGAAUGAAAGACACGUUUUCAUCAUACUGAACAAAAGCUCCACGCUGAUCGACGUGACCGAGGAGACGAAAAAGAUCCUGGACCAGAACGUAAAAGGAGUUUUCUUCUAGCUCAAUCCAUUCAAUCAGAGUUGUGCAGUCUCAUAAAAGUGCAUGCAAU